AUUGUAAACCGGUCCAGAAUCGUUUACGUCCAUUUCCGAAGCGGCUUCUGUUGUAGAGAGAGAGAGAGAGAGAGAGAGAAUCAUGGAGACGACUGUUCUUGCAGACACCACCAACACCAUUGAAAACGCUUCGAAGAAGAAGGUUGCAGAGACCAAGGCUGAGACUCAGAAGAAGAACAGAAUUCAAGUCUCCAGCAGCAAGAAGCCCCUCUUCUUUUACCUCAAUCUCGCCAAGAGGUUUUUUAAGCAGCACAAGGAAGUCGAGCUCUCUGCUCUGGGAACAGCAAUUCCCACUGUAGUUCUAAUUGCUGAGAUUCUGAAGAGCAAUGGACUGGCCAUUCAAAAGAAGGUUUUGACAUCUACUGUUGGCCCGAAGGAUGAUGCUAAAGAUGCUAAAGGUCGCAGGGUUCAGAAGGCUAAGAUUGAGAUUGUACUAGAGAGGACUGAGAAAGCCGAAAAGGAGACUGCUGCUGCUAAAGAUUCCAAGGUUGCUGCUGACGAACUUAUGGAUGCUGCCGAUAUGCUGAAGAACCUAAGUAUCAAAGAAGGCUCUGCUGAUAAGGAGUAAUGGAUAUAUUAGUACUUAAGAAUUUCAUUCCUGCAGUAUAAUGCUUGUAUUCUUGUAUGCCGACACUUAGGAGAAAUCUAUGACACUAGCUAUGUAGAUUAGUAAGAGCCAGUUACAGCAGGUGUUAGAAUUGCAUGAUCAUGGAACUGAGACUAUAGAUAGUUUCUUUCCCUUUCAAGUGCUGUUGACAUCCAUUCUACUCUGGCACUUCGCCCCUUCCAUGUAACUACACCCAUACAGGAAUACAGAUACAUAUUCAUUUUA